UCGUCACCCCUGUUUGUACUCUUACUGUACAAGAUUGUAUCAAGUGGGAAAAUCGAUUUAAUAUUUUUUAAAAUCGUAAACAGGAACCGAAUUGGGUACAUUCCAUUCUGAGUUCAAAUACUGUAAAGGAAACAAAUUUUGUGAUUCAUAUUUGCGGACCGACGGGGCGGCUUGCUGGCAGAACCGUUAGCAUACCGGACAAAAUGCUUAGCGACAUUUCGUCCGUCCUUAAGUUCUGAGUUCACAUUCCGCCGUGGUUAACUUUGCCUUUCAUCCUUUCGAGGUCGAUAAAAUAAGUACCAGUCCAAUAUAGCGGUUGAUAUAAGCGACCUUCCCCUCCUCUCAAAUAUUGUUAACUCGGUGAAGGUAAAGAAUACGCACUCUACCCGUUUUCGGGGGUUAGGGUUAAGAUUACGUUUAGGGUUAGGGUUACGCCGAAAAUGGGUGGUGUGCGUACUUUUUACUUCCGCCGUUAAGUCUAUGCCAAAAUUUGAAACCAUAUUUGCGGAGUGAUAGUAUAGGUUACUCAUCAUGCACUGUAGUCGAUUCACCCGACAAGGUUAUUAAAAACUUAUGGCCGUCCAACUAACUUCUAAAAAUAUUGGAUUAAAAAUACACAUUUGGACAAUUUGGUGGAUUUGAACCUGAACCGCUUAUUUUCAAAGAAAUCGUUCCAUUCCAACCAAAUUUAAGAUGAAAUACUGAUGUAUUUAUUUCCGUUGCUCGAAAAGAUUGGAUGACGUUUCAAACACGUGAGCAACAUAGAUUUCUUUAAUAUAAAUUGAUACAAAUACUUAAAAAUUAGACGGAAUUCAAUGAACAGACAAAUGGGCUUAAUGCGAAAAAUGCCAAUACUUUCGGUCGAUUCCGAUUUUACGAUUUGUCCAAUUUGCAAAGGAGAAUACAAUGAACCAAAAGCUUUGUCCUGUCUACAUACGUUUUGUGAAGAUUGUCUUCAGGACGAUAUAAAUCGUUGCCAGCAACGUUCUGAACGGGUUAUCACUGGUUUUCCAUGUUACGUAUGUCGAAAACAUAUAGCCCCACCUGAUGUUGAUAUAGCCGUUUGUGAGUGGGCUAAAUAUUUCGUUACUAAUUUUUACGUUAGAAAGUUGCUGGCCGAAGACAAAGAUUGUUGCGAUGUAAGUUGUCAAAGUCAUAAAAAUUUAAGCAAGCUGCAUGUAACAAAACGGGUUUCUAGUUGUCAGGAAAAUGUAAGUGACGACUGUAAUGAUUCCCGUGAAAUAAUUAGUAAAUCAUGCGAUACAAGGAAGCUUAGUAGGCAAAGUACUGACAUUUGCCACAUCCACGUCAAUGAAUUCUUGAAAUUGUUUUGUGACAGUUGUGAUGAACUUGUGUGCAAUACUUGUUACGUGCAACGACAUCGAAAAUGUAGUCGAGUGUUGUCACUGGAAGAUACAACAGAAGUAAAAGAAGAGACCUUAAAAUUAAAGCAAGACCUAGAAAUAAGGAGAAAAGAAGCUGAAACAUUUGUUUGUGAUAUCCUGCACCAAAAGAACGCUGCUGUGGAGCAAAAGGAUCAAAUAUUGAAAGAAAUUCGAAGCGCUCGCCAGUCGAUGGAAAAACUGCUUCUAGAAAAAGAAAAACUUUCCAUUGAAAACCUAGAUAAGAUAUAUUCAUUAGAAGCCGAAAGUCUGGACAAACUCCUCGCAAAAGGAGAAGACCUUUUGGAUUCAUUAUGUACCUCAAUCGAAUACAUUUGCUCAUGCGAAAACAAUCGCAAUCUCAGUUUUAUUGGGGUUCAUAAAAACGUUAAGUCUACAGUUUCUAAUCUCUGGGAGCCAAACAAUACAACUAUAAAGAAUAGACUUAACAGGACAAUUACAUUUGUCCCCAAUUCGAAUUUUAUUUACUGUUUUCGUAAAUUGCAAGAAAAGUCGAUGGGAGAAUGUAUUCUUUCUGCAAGCAACCGCCCCCGUGUUCCAAAUAUAUUUGACAGAUGUUUAAAUAUGGCAGAUAAAGACGAUGUCCUCACUAAGUGGAUAUUUACAUUGCCAUUUUCUCAGUCGGAAGCAACUUCCUCAAAACCUGCAACUAAGAUGGUGUCUAAAGUGAUGGAAUUCUCGGCUAAAGUAGAAUCGGAGAGACAAUGUCAGAUAGACGAUUUCGUUCUGUUAUCAGACGGUAAUUUACUCUUAACUGAUUGGAUGAAUGAGAAAGUAAAGAAAUUCAAUAAAAACGGUGAACUGUUAGGCGAGUUAGCGAUUAGCUCUUGGCCAUGUCGGAUAAGUAAUUUAACAGAGGAUCAAGUAGUAAUUACCUUACCACGUACAAGAGAAAUCGCAUAUCUUUACCAUAAUGGAAUUCUGGAACUCGAUAAAAUAAUGACUGAAUAUCGCUACUACGGAGUAGCGGCGCUUGAAAACAGUCUGAUAGCUUGCUCUAGUUACUUACCACCGAAAAUCGAUCUCCUGUCCAAGCAAGGUGAAAUAAUAUCGUCAAUUACCAAUGAAGUGUUAGAGAAACCGAUUCUACUCUGGCCUCAUUACUUGACUGCUACCAAAACCGGCGACUUGGUGAUCUCUGAUUUUUGCAAGAAAUGUGUAAUAUGUAUUGAUGUAAAAACCGUGAAAGUUAAAUUUAUUUAUAAAUCGAGCAGAAUGAAAGUGUUUUGUCCUUGUGGCAUCGAUGUCGGAGAUGACGGUUGCAUUUAUGUUGCAGAUUCAAAGGAGAACAAAAUUUACAAGUUUUCAAUUGACGGUGAUAUUAUAAAUUUAUUCUUGACUCCAAACGAUGGUUCUAAACAUAUGGGAUUAACCGUCUGUGAUAGUAGGGCCGUCAUCAUAUCCGGAGAAACGCCAUCAGAUUCUCUUAAAACCUACCUGUUGUGAUUUACCAUUUUUAAUUUAUUUGAACAGCUUUCUGUACAAAGCAUCUUUACGUUCUAAUAUAACUAAACUGAAUAUUUAAAGAAAUUGUUUAUCAGCCUGAAACCAUUCCUAGUUGUGUAAGUGAUUAUUUCCAUGACAAUACACACCUCGUAAAAACUUAAUCUUUGAUUAUAACUGUAGAUUUCGGUAAGUGCUUAUUUACGCAAACAUUAUUCUACGGUCAGAGGAAAUCCAUCUUAGAGGUCUGUCUUAAGUAACUAAAGGUUUGUCAUAAGCUCUAACCUUACUUGCCCGGUUCUGAAAGUACCGUGCUGUUAUUUUGUUCAUAUUCUAAUUGAAUAGAUUGUCACCAGCCAAUUUUACCAUAUUGAACGAAGGUAGAGUAUCUAAAAUAAUUUAGAUUAAUUUAAAUUUGAAAUCUACUCCUUACGCAGUCUUCCAAAUUUCAGUAUUUGAGUGUCAGUAUUUAACUGUCAAGUUUCGUCGUUAGCUAUUUCGGGAAAAAUUCCUCACUUAGGGAAUGGUUACUCUUGCAGAAUCUUGAUUCUCAGAUUCGCUGAUAAACAAUUUAUAAAUUUAUGAAAGUCUUCUGAAAAGUUGUUGUUUUUUUUUAUUUAUUUAUUUAUUUUUUUUUUAAAGCUUACUUCUAGUCCCUAACCUUGUUACUGUCGUGUUAAUAGUUGAGAAUGAAUGGCCUUCGUUAAUUUGUUUUUUGUCCUGAAGAAAUAACGAAAACCUUGAAUUUUGUGAGGUGUUUGCUAAUUGUACAGAUCUUCAGUUAUCUCGAUUAAACUCCAGAAAUUCUUCAAAAAUGUUAUACCAUUUACAUGGUAAAAAUAUUUUGUAACAUUUGUUCUAUCUUCGUACUUUUUUUUUUUUUUUUUUUUUUUUUUUUUUUUUUUUUUUUUUUUUGUUAAUUCCAAUUAUUGUCUUAGUUUCUAAUGAAACCUGUUUCCCCACAUUCUUGAUAGAGGAAUAUUUAUUUUUAUCUUUCAAUUUUGAGUUUAUCAUUUGAGUAUUAAAAAAAAAAUUGGCUACACUCAAUCUGUUUAAAUGAUCCAGUGAAGGUGCGUAGUUUGGUGGUUAGGAUAUUCAGCUAACGAUCGUAAGGCCGUGAGUUCGAUGUAUUGCAGCGCAUUGUAUUCUUGACAAAUACACUUUAUAUCGCGUUGCUUCAGUGCACUCAAAAUGAAAGGUACUUAGAUUUCAAAGGCCCAGCUUUGUCAUAUCACAAAGAACCUCCCUGAGAACUACGCUACGGGUACGUGUAUCUGGAGUGUUCAACCACUUGUACGUUAA